UAGGCUUAUCUUUAAACUGAUAGGGUAGUUUGUUUUGUUUUGAUACUUAUUUCAUACAGCGCAACAUGAAAAUAACUGGACACUCCUUACUUUAUGAAAUGAUAAAACUACUGAGCUUUUCAAACAGGUUUAAAUGGAUAUAUUAACACAGGUUAAAAAUGAAUAAUCAAACUACGGAACGUAUUAAGGAAUCGUUGGUUUCCUCCAAUCCCCGUGGUGCCUCUGGAAGCGACUUGUUAAGUGUUCGAGGUCCUAAUUCUAAAGACGAGUCCGAUCUUCUUAGUGCAGUAAAAACCAACGACGACAGCGAAUCGACGUUAAGUGUUCGAGGUCCUAAUUCUAAAGACGAGUCAGAUCUUCUUAGUGCAUUAAAAAUCAAAGACGACAGCGAAUCUCUGGCGGAAAUCUCGUUUGCAGGGGACGAUGAUGAAAAUAUAAAGGAUCCAUGUGCAGUUUGUUUUACCAAUCGUAAUUUUUCAAGGAAAGCUACUCAUUUUUGUAAUGAUUGUGGACUUUUGGGACAUUUUUUGUGCGAACAGUGUUUGGGCUUUCACAAGACGUUUACCAACCACAAGUCUGUUAAAUCAUUCGUGGCAGCAAAAUACAAAAGAGGGUCAAACCCUGAUGAGGCAUUGGAAAAGAAAGCGUCUGAAAUAGAUGCAUUGCAGAAAGAAGUCAAAGACCUUAAAAGUAAACUGUCAAACCAUGAUGAGGCAUUGGAAAAGAAAGCGUCUGAGAUAGAUACAAUGCAGAAAGAAGUCAAAGACCUUAGAAGUAAACUGGAAGUCAGUACCGACGACUUACUUAUAGCCAAUGCAGAAGUUAACCUUAAAAGAAGCGAGUUACGACGGCUGAAACAGAAAUUUGAUUUAGAUAAGAGUGUAUGCAACAGACUGAAACAAGAAAAUGCCAUUCUCAAACAGUAAGAUUGUUUUUUUCCCUAAUCUUUUUCGUUUAAGACAGACGUUAUUUUACAAUAUCUGGAA